AAGCUUUUUUCUAUAUGAUUUCAUCAUAUUCUAUUUUUUACGUUUAUUAAGUUCCUUUUUUUGUUGAUCAAUACCAAUGUAUAAAACCCUACCAUGAGUCCAUCACCAAUAGUAUACGUACUUUAAUAGCAUCCUCAACUUCCCUCUUCCACCAACCACCGUCAUCACCACCGGAACUCCAACAUGCCCGUAAAAGAAUGUGGCUCUCACGCCAGCAACUCACCCCGCCUCCUAAACUUCCUCGGUCGCAAUAUCAUCUGCUUAGUAAUAUUCAUCAUCGUGACCAUCAUCGGAAUUGCCCUAGCUUGGGUAAUUCUUCACUCACCAAAGCCGCGCUUCAUCCUCCAAGACGCAACCGUCUUCUCCUUCAACGUCUCCGGGGACCCACCGGACCUUCUCACCUCCAGUAUCCAAACCACUCUCAUCUCUCGCAACCUUAACGGCAAGACAGGAAUCAACUACGACCGUCUCGACGUCUACGCUUCUUACCAGAGCCAGCAGAUCACUCUCCCGACGUCGAUACCGGCGGCUUAUCAAGGAUACGAAGAAGUCAACGUCUGGUCUCCUUUCAUCGGUGGAAAAUACGUCCCCAUCGCUCGGGCCAACGCUUUGUCUCUUGUUCAAGAACAGUCAAGUGGUGCAGUCAAGGUGUUGGUUCAUGUCGUCGGGAAGAUUAGUUGGAAGGUCGGUCCUAUUACGAGGACAUCUGAUCUCUUCGUUAGGUGUCCGGCGUUAAUCAGUUUCGGGAAUAGCGCCGCCGGAGUUAUCGUAGGAGGUAGAGGCGUUAAGUAUACGCUCGUUACCGUCUGCAGUGUUAGUGUCUGAAAAGCGACCAACUGACUUAACGGUGUCGGAUAUGUGAUCAUGUCACGGAUUUUAAUACUACGUGUUAUACUAUAAUGAUUUUGUAGCAGUUUAGUUUUACCAUGAAUUUACAUUCGGUUGCUAAUGUAGUAUUAUUUAUAUUAUUAAAUCUGAUUGACCUUUCUUGUUUAAAAAUAUGUAACAUAUGAAAGCAAGUCUUCACCUAAUCUUCGUCUACAAGUCUUUGCUAAAUUUGUAUAUUUUCUUCUGAAUUUUGUGACAGUUUGUUUUGUCACAUAUAAUAACUGGCAUGUUUUUUUUUUCUCGACCUUUUAUGUUUGUAUGAGCUAAUUGAAUUCUUCAUUCAUUUUAUAACUAUUGCUCCAAAGUCUUAAUUUUGUCCAGUUUCGAAAACACUAGCUUGGCUAUCUUACUCUUAGCAAUCGCUUUUAAUUAAGGAAGUUUCUUGGAAGGUUAUAUUACAUUGUAAAGAUUGCUCUCUUUACAAUUCCCAAACUAACUACUGCACGAAAGGAUCAUUAAAGCAUCUCCGAUGUAAAACUCCAUUUUUUCCUCUAAAAUAGAAUAAAAGUGAAAAUGGGGUAAAAUUGCUCCAACCCUACUCUAUUUCCCACUCCAUAAUAGAGUGAUGAACAAAAAAAAAUAGAUUACUCCAUUUAUGGAGUAAAUUUCAUUAUGGAGUGAGAUAUGAAGUUGGGUUGGAGUAUUAUUUACUCCAUAUUCACUUUUACUCCAUUUUAGAGAAAAAAAUAGAGUUGAGAUGGAGAUGUCCUUACAUUCCCACUUGUAUACAUUUCCAUUUUCACUACAUAAAUAUUCACGUAUAUACGGAAAAGACCAAUGCCCCGUUAAUCAAAUUAUCCUAGAUUUAAUAGAAGUAUUUAACUAAUUAUUAUAAUCUUAAUUUACUAAUUAUUUUUGAACAAAAAAUUUACAUAGCUAAACUAA